UGACCUUUAAAACGUUCAGCUUCAGAGUGACAGACAGAGACGAGACUUCAUCAGGAUGAGACUCGCUUCAGUCUUGCUGUGUGUCCUCUUCUCCUUUGUGAGCGCAAAGAGCACUUUGGAUGGGUCUUCAUCUCAUCAUGUGCAGCGUCGGGACACAAAGCCCAAGAGUAAUUACACGGGCAUUAUAGGAACGAAGUUGGAGGCGUUUCCAACAUGGUUCGUCAGCGCGGGCGACAAUGUGACGAUUAACUGCAUAGCGCACACCGACAAGAUGAAGUACGGAGACAAGGUCUACCUGCAUCUCACCUGGACCAACAUGAGGCCCGGAAACAGGACCAAGAAGGUUCUGGUGAGCCAGCCAGCGUCGGCAGGAAUCGCCUAUGAGCUGAACCCCGUUACCCAUGAGCACCAGGGAGUAUACACCUGUGACGAUAAUGGCAGCUUACCUGAAGUUUACGUCCAUGACUUUCACAGUAUGCUCUGGGUUGAAGACGCUCCUCCGAAGGCCUCCAUGGAAGUGAUGAGCCACAACAGGAUCCAGUUCUUCUCCGAUGAGGCGUUCACUUUGGGCUGCCAGCUGCCCAACGACAACGCCCAGUGGAAGAUGAUGAGGUUUAACGACUGGGAGGGGACCGUUACAGAGUGUCCCGGUCAAGUGUCUUCAGAUCAACAACUCUCCACCACCAUCACUCCUGUUUAUUUAGAUUCAUACAGCCUGUACUGGUGUGAGAACCCAGCAGGAGACAGGAGCAACAGCCUCAACGUCUCCAUUGCUUCUGUGACGACGGUGGUCCUUGAGAGUCCUCCACUUCCUGUGAUGGAGGGCGAGGACGUGAUGCUGCGCUGUUUCAAAAGAGAUAAGAAAACCAAGGAAAUCAGCUUCAGCUUCCACACCUCCUACUACAAGAACAACCGUUUGAUCGAUAACCGCCUUGGUCGCGGACCGUUUGAACAAGAGGGCAACUUCACCCUGAAAGCAGUGACCAAAGCUGACGAGGGGGUCUACAAAUGUAAAAUGCCGGAGGGUGGAGGUUCCUUCGACAGCUGGCUCAGUGUUAAAGCGCGGCCUGUCGAGGAGUAGAAGAAGAGUUGAUGAUGUCAUCAAGGUCGCCAAAGCUGCUCCCUGGCUCCGCCCCCUCUUCCAGUCUCCUACUCUCUGAUUGGACAGAUUUUUAAAUCUACAUUUGUGGAAUUAAAAAAAUAAUUCUGAAGCCUGAAUUUGCUGAAAAUAAAACUCGCUUUCAAACCUA